AUGGGUAACGAGGAGUCGACGAUGCUGGACGAGAGCGUCCAGCCCAAGACGCUCGAGUCGCGCUCGCUUGAUGCCAUUGCCGACUACAUCAGAUCCGGCGAUGUCAAGAAGAUUGCCGUCAUGACCGGCGCCGGCAUAUCCACAGCCGCUGGCAUUCCCGACUUCAGAUCCCCCGGCACCGGCCUAUACGCCAACUUAGCCCGUCUCAACCUCCCCUACGCCGAAGCCGUCUUCGACAUCUCCUACUUCCGCAAGCACCCCGAGCCCUUCUACUACCUUGCCAAAGAGCUCUAUCCGGGGAAAUUCCACCCCACGGUCUCCCACGCUUUCAUCGCCCUGCUCGCGAAAAAGGGUCUCUUGCAGAUGAACUUUACACAAAACAUCGACUGCCUCGAAAGGCGCGCCGGCGUACCGGACGACAAGAUCAUCGAGGCGCACGGGAGCUUCGCCACCCAGCGCUGCAUCGAGUGCAAGGACACAUUCCCCGCCGACCGGAUGGAAAAGCACGUCCAGGACGAGCAUGUGCCCAAGUGCGAUUCCUGCGGCGGGCUCGUGAAGCCGGAUAUCGUCUUUUUCGGAGAGGCGCUGCCGGAGAUGUUCCGUGACAAUACCCAUCUGCCCGCCAUGGCUGAUAUCAUUAUUGUAAUGGGUACGAGUUUGUCGGUCUACCCCUUUGCUGGCCUAGCCGAGGCCUCGCGGUCUGGCGUGCCGCGGCUGUUGCUCAACAGGGAGCGUGUGGGACAGAUGGGUCGCAGGGCGGAUGAUGUUGUCGAAUUGGGAACGUGUGAUGCCGGGGUUCGUAAGCUUGCUACCCUGCUUGGUUGGGGCGAUGAGCUGGAGGCUCUCUGGCGCGGCAUUGUGGGCGAAAAGGAGGCUGAGAGACAGCUUGCAUCGGCUGCUGGCGAAGGAGAGGAGGAUUUGGAGGAGGAGAUCCGGAGGGUCACUGAAGGCGUUGACACGGCACUCAAGCUCGACGACAAGGAAGAGGAAGAAGAAGAGGAAGAACCCGCCGCGAAAUCUGCCAAGGAGGAGGAAGAAGUCGGCUUCCCUCUACGGCAAGACGGCGGGAGCGACACCGAGGACGCGCAAAAGAGCAUUCCCGAGGGCGUCGUCCAGAGAAUGUCCAAGGCAAUCCAGGGCCAAGGCGGGGAGAUUGGCACGGACAUCAAAGACGAUCGCGGCCGCGAGGGGAGGUUCAUCAACGGAUCUGAAGGCGCACCGCAGGACGCAAAGGACUUCCGGAUUGCGGCCAAGAAGAAGAUUCAGCUCGCGGCGCAGGGGGCCGCCACCCCGCUCGACGAGGUUGCGAUCAUUUUCGACUCUAAUGCGCCUGUCGCUGAGAUGAAGCACGAGGACCCGAAGAGCGCUGAUUUGCUUAGUGGCGUGUCGCGAUAUGAGGAGACGUCUGCGCCUGCUUGUAGUGUGGACAAGGAGACCUCGAGUGCCAAGGCCGAGUUGGCUUCCGCUUCCACGACACAAGUAGCUCCGGCGACUACAGAGAAAGAAGAGAAGUCUUCAUCGGGAGACCCGAAGUUAUGA